AUGGCCAAUCGCAACCACCGCCGCGCUCAAGUAGGAAAUAGCUUAUUCACCGUAUGCCUCUGUGUUGGCCUCCUCGUCUGUCCUGGCCACACUUCUGCUUCACGAGACAUUGCGGCUCCACAGCAGUUCGCCAGAUCUCGUGAGACUCUUGGCGCAUCUACACCAGAAAUUGUUACUGCUGUCGAAAAUCACGAAAACCGCGGCGGUCAGUCCUUGGAAUCUGCCGUUCGUGAAUCCGCCGCGGCUGACGCGGAAGCCGCCAAAGCUCUAGCGGAAUACGAAGAUGCGAAGAAGGUUCUCGAAGGAAAGAAGGUGGACGCGGAGGGAAUAAGCUCGGAAGCGUCUAAACUGCGCGGCCAGGCGGAAGAAUUGGCGUUCGAUCACGCCGUCAUAGCCACGGAAGUCGCGGAAUCAGCGGAGCGUGAGCGGAAAAGCACCGCGGACCUGAAGCGUGCGGAAGAGGUGGCGGAAAAGGCUGGCGCAUACGCGGCCGGCAAGCGGAAAGUAGCGGAUGAGGCUUCGGCCGCGGCGGGGGAAGCAGCACGGUUGGCGGAAGCGGAAGGGACGGCGGAGGCGCAGCUCGCGCUCGUGCGGGCAGAAACUACGCGCGCGGAGGCGGUCCGAGCUGCGGAGGUUGCGGAAACGCUGGCAGUAGAAGCUAAGGAGUAUGCAGAGGAAGUGUGGGAAGCGUUCUCGCAUGAAGAAUCCGACAUGGAUGUUUCUAUGGUUGACAUGGUAUCGGAGGAGGCUUAUAUCGAGGAUUUAAGUGCUGCUGCAGCAGACCUCGAGGAGGAACAUCGGAAGAGUGUGUCUGCAGUGGAUGUCGCUAAAGCGAAGGUGGAGGAGCUGAAGGGUCUGGCAGAGGAGAAGGUGGCGAAAGCCGCCAAAGCUCUAGCGGAAUACGAAGAUGCGAAGAAGGUUCUCGAAGAGAAGAAGAUGGACGCGGAGGGAAUAAGCGCGGAAGCGUCUAAACUGCGCGGGCAGGCGGACGAAAUGGCGCUCGAACGCGCCCUCAUGACCGCGGACGUCGCGGAACUAGCGGAGCGGGCGCAAAAACGCUCCGCGGACCUGAAGCGCGCGUCAGAGGUGGCGGAAGAAGCUGGAGCAUUAGCGGCAGGCAAGCGGAAGGUGGCGGAUGAAGCUUCCGCCACAGUGGGCGAAGCAGCGCGGUUGGCGGAAGCCGCCCGCACGGCGGGGGCGCAGCUAGCGCUCGAGCGGGCGAAAUUCGAGCGCGCAGAAGCGGUGCGCGCAGCGGAGGAGGCGGAAGCGGUGGCGGAAGAAACCACGGAGAACGCGGAGGAUGCGUGGGAAGCGUUUUCGCAGGAAGAAUUCGAUGUGGAAGUUUCCGUAGUGGCCAUUGAAUCCGAGGAGACUUAUAUCGAGGAUUUGAAAACCGCAGCAGCACGUCUUGAGGAGGAAUAUCGUAAAAGUGUGACUGCAGUGGAGGUUGCUAAAGCGAAGGUGGCGGAACUGAAGGGUCUGGCAGAGGAGAAGGUGGCGCGUGCGAAGGCGAUGCGAGCUGCUUUGAGGAAAGGCGGGAAGAGCAACGGCCGAGAUGCAACGACAGCCACGCAAUAG